AAGAUAAAAACAAGUACACUGGGAAAAACACUUUUAUGUUCAUAAUUUAGAAUGUAUUUUUUCUUUCUUUCCACAUCAUUUCUAAUGAAUACUUCUAUAUCUAUACGAGGUGUAUGGUUGGUAGUAAAAAAAAUUAAAAACCUGCUUUAAAAAAACAGAUUUCCUUAAUCUGAACAGGCAAGCAAUUCCUUAAACACAACAGAAGUUAGAGGAAGAUAUAUUCAGUCCCCCCCUUACAAACAGACACACACACACACACACACAGACGCACACACGACUUUCACUUCCUUAGCCUAAACUUAAAUAAAAGACCUUUUCACCAAGAAUAUAUUGGAGCUGACAUUUAACUUUAAUAUGGAUUUUUUUAUUAUUACUGCACAAAAGAGUUAUGUGGGGUGCACACCACAUAUAUAAUAAAUCAAAGAAACAGGCAUAAUUCGCUGUCCCAUUCUACAUCUGCUAAAACAUACAUAACAUUUUCAUAGCCUUUCUCAAACAUUGGCUCAAGUUCCUCUUAGGUAAAUCUUUCCAAUUCCCCCCUCCUCAAGUCCUCUAACUAGCCUUAAUAUCUUACUACAAAUUAAGCUAAAAUAUGAGACUGGGAGCUAUUAAUGUCCUAUGAUCAAAAGAAAAAAAUGGGUUAAAUAAACCGAUUUAAAAGGAAAUAUUCAGGUAGCAUUUUAAAAAAGAGAAGCUUAAAUCUAUUUGUCCUCAUUUAAUUCUUUUUCCUUUCCUUUCCUUUCCUUUCCUAGCAUUGAUUACCUAAGGAAGGUUAACAAUUGUUUGCUGUUGUCCUUAGCAAGUUGUUAACAGCUAUCCCUGGUUUGUUUGUUUUUACUAUUUUAUAUUUUCUGAAUCCUUUUUUGAAAAGAAGAAAAAGUGGUGAAACAAUAAUUUCCUUUUUAAUACACUCUCAUUUCACAUGCUCAAGUAUAAAGACAUUAAUUCCUUCCCACCUUCCAAAUACAAUGAAAUUGUGUAUUCUGAAGUCUUGCAGCUGCAUAAUAUUUAUUCUUAUUGCUACACUUUUUAGUAGCUAUGAUUAUUAUGACUAAGUGUCAGUUUCAAUAUGGCUCAUAAUUUUCAAUGAGUUGCAAGCUGGUUUUUGUAAAUUCUUGUAGGUUGGCAGAAGAAGAAUGGAAGAAAAUAGUGAUGUGGCUGGACAAAAACAAAGAAUUCCAGAUCCAAAUCUAGCCCAUCAUUAUAAAAUUGAUCAUUACCAAAUAUUUUAAUAAUUUAAAUGAAUGUUGAAAACCCUCUUCAUUUGAAACAGUUCCCUCAUGAGAUUGCCAGUUGUAUAAUUCAUCAUACUGCUGAUUAUUUGAAAAAAAACCCCACACAUAAUGUCAGGAUAAGUUGAUUUCCCCCUUCUAUUAUUUGCACUGUAUUAAAGUGUAGGAAUAGAAGUAGAAAUAAUACUAUGAUAAUGAUAAUAAUGCAAAAACAUUCAAGCAACUUUUGAUGUUGAUGGUGACUCCUAAGCAGGAGAUGCAAGUUAAAAAAAGGGAUGCAGGAAAGAGAAAGAGGAAUUAUCAUCUUGAUUUUCAUCCGAAUUUUUGCCCUGAAUAACCGUUUCUAAUAUCAAACCAAAAAUAUCACCGGGAUUAUUAUUUGGUAUUAAACAACUGUUAUUCAUAAUAGUAAUAGCAACAAUUUUAUACUGCAUCUACUAUAACAAGAAAAUUUCUUUUCCGCAUUAGAAAAGCAUGCUCUCGUAUGGAAGAAAAAGAGAAAGUAGAGAAAAAAGACAGAAACGAGACUUUUGGGGGAAAAACAUUUUAUUUCUAGAAAAGGCAGAGGACACAAAAACUGAGCGCUUGACUACUUAAAAAAAAGGUGAGUGAGGUAACCUCCCUGUCGGCUACUUUUUUAUUUACCCAGUAGGUGGCGCACAAUGCCAACAAGGAGCCAUCUGUGCUCGCUGAUUCCUCCCCCUUCUUUCCUCCCUCUUUGGAAGCCGCGCAUUGACAUGGGCCUAACGAUUCUCGGAUCGUCAUUAUUUGUAACCAUAGAGCAUGAAUUGCCUCUUGAGGUCAUCAGUGAGAAUUUACGACUGGUCAACAAAAGCACGUGAUUCCCAAACGCACCCCCCACCCCACCCCCAUAUUUGGCCGCAUACAUAGCAAAAACGAAGUACAGUGCAUCGCUAUAAUUCAUUAAUACAUCAUAAAUCCUCAAGCACAGGGGUUAUAACGACCACGAGCCCCACAAAUCAAGCCCUCCAAAAUACAAACCCAAAUGAGUUCUUACUUUGUAAACUCGUUCUCAGGACGCUAUCCUAAUGCCCCAGACUAUCAGCUGUUAAAUUAUGGGGCCGGCAGUUCCAUGAACGGAUCUUAUAGAGAUCCAGGCAACAUGCACGCCGGCUCUUACGGGGGAUACAACUACAAUGGAAUGGAUCUGAGCAUCAGCCGAUCAUCCUCCUCCACCAGCCACUUUGGAGCUGUUGGGGAGAGCUCUCGCGCCUUCCCUGCCCAAGCAGCGCCCGAAAGCAGGUUCAGACAGGCGUCCAGCUGCUCCUUGUCUUCUCCCGAAUCCCUUCCUUGCACCAGCAGCACCAGCAACACCAGCACCAGCAGUAGCGGCGGCGGCGGCAGCGGCGGCGGUGGCGAAAGCCAUGGAGGCAAGGCAGCCGGGUCCUCCCCUGCCGACCAGGCAGCCUCUGUUGGCGCGGCUAGCGCCACUGCGUUUGCCGAGAUAGACGAGACCAGCGCGUCUUCGGGGCCCGAAGAGAGCGGCUCCCAAGUCAACAGCAACGGCGCCCGAGCUCAGGCAGAGCCGAUCGCCACUUCCACGCCGGCCACGGAAGGACAAAGCCCGCAGAUAUUCCCCUGGAUGCGAAAGCUUCACAUUAGCCACGAUAUGACCGGACCGGAUGGCAAACGAGCCCGAACGGCGUAUACUCGCUACCAGACCUUGGAGCUGGAGAAGGAGUUUCACUUUAACCGCUACCUCACCCGCAGAAGGCGAAUAGAAAUAGCCCACGCUUUGUGUCUCUCCGAAAGACAGAUAAAAAUCUGGUUCCAAAACAGGCGAAUGAAGUGGAAGAAAGAUAACAAACUCAAAAGUAUGAGCUUAGCAUCUGGUGGCAGUGCUUUUCAGCCAUAAAUUAUACCAAGGAGAAAUAUUAAGAAAUAGGAAAGAUGGGGCAGGAAGUAAGAAAGUUUAAAACAAGCAAGCAAACAAAAAGCAACAGCCAGAUUUGUUUUUGUUAAGUUUGGAGUACUGUAAAGUGAAGCACUUUCCAUUCAGCAUGCUGUUGAUUUUUUUUAAAUUAUGAUUAUUAUUAUUAUUAAUAUUAAUAAUAAUAAGCAAUUUCAUGGGUACUAUUAUUCCAGGAUUGUGUCUUUUGCUGCAAUCACCCCUUUAAAUUAAAAGAUAAAAUCCAGAGGCUUCUUUGAUGCUUUAGAUGUUCUAAAUGUUUGUGUCCGUGCUAUAAUGAUGCUUUCUGGAAGAAGUUAGCAUGUCCCUUUCUUUUCUCUUUUCUUUUCUUUCUUUUAAUGUGCUUUUUAAAUGUUAUAACUUAUUUAUAAGCCAGUAUGGGGAAGGAACGAUGGGUUCAUAAAAGUUCACAACUUUGUGUGGAACCCUACCUCUUUUCCUUCCACUCAAGUUGGGGGCUCCUGCAAUUCAGUAGCAGGAAAAAAAGAAAAAGAAAAGAAAGAAAAUUAAAAACCAUCAACCACAAAAAACCUUUUUUUUAAAAAAAACUCAGUAUAUCUCUCUAUAUAAACUCAUGUAUCUGUCUUUGAAAUUGUCAAGUCUGUGAUUUGAUCCUGGCCUUGUUUUUAUCCCAGGCCAGUUCUGAAACUUUCUUUCUUUCUUUUUUAAAUAAAUGUGAGUGAAGUUCACUUUAAAAGGAUAUAUGAUUGGACCAACCAUAGUAUGUUUAAAAUGUUUGUAAAUACUAGAAAUAUUUCUACAGUGACUAAUAGGAAGUUUUAGUGGGCAGGGUGAAUUCAGUGUUCUUGUGUGUCUGAAAUGGCAUUUGUCACGUCUAGCCGCCUGUUCCCAUCCUUGCCAAGAGACGCUGUUUCGUAUUGGUUUGUAGCCUUAACUUGAAGUCAAAUAAACGUUUCUCCUGGCCUGAAAAA